AUGUCCUCUGACGGUAUCACUGACAUCGAAGAAUCCCAAAUUCAAACAAACUACGACAAGGUCGUCUACAAGUUCGAUGACUUGAAUUUGAAGGAAGAAUUGUUGAGAGGUAUCUACGGUUAUGGUUUCGUUGAUCCAUCUGCCAUUCAACAACGUGCUAUUCUACCUAUUACCGAAGGUCAUGAUGUUUUGGCUCAAGCCCAAUCUGGUACUGGUAAGACUGGUACUUUCUCCAUUGCUGCCUUGCAAGGUAUUGACGAAAAAAUCAAGGCUCCUCAAGCUUUGAUCUUGGCCCCAACCAGAGAAUUGGCUUUGCAAAUCCAAAAGGUCGUUAUGGCUCUAGCUUUCCACAUGGAUGUGAAAGUUCAUGCCUGUAUUGGUGGUACUUCUUUCGUUGAAGACGCUGAGGCCUUGAGAGAUGGUGCUCAAAUUGUUGUUGGUACCCCAGGUCGUGUUUUCGACAUGAUUGAACGUAGAAGAUUCAGAACUGACCACAUCAAGAUGUUCAUUUUGGAUGAAGCCGAUGAGAUGUUGUCUUCUGGUUUCAAGGAACAAAUUUACAAGAUUUUCACUCUAUUGCCACCAACAACCCAAGUCGUGUUGUUGUCUGCCACUAUGCCAGGUGACGUUUUGGAAGUCACUACCAAGUUCAUGAGAAACCCAAUCAGAAUUUUGGUCAAGAAGGAUGAAUUGACUUUGGAAGGUAUUAAGCAAUUCUACAUCAAUGUUGAAGAGGAGGACUACAAGUACGACUGUUUGAGUGAUUUGUACGAUUCCAUCUCCGUUACUCAAGCUGUCAUUUUCUGUAACACUAGAAGAAAGGUCGAAGAGUUGACUCAAAGAUUGACUGCCGACAACUUCACCGUCUCCGCUAUCUACUCUGACUUGCCACAACAACAAAGAGACACCAUCAUGAAGGAAUUCAGAACUGGUUCUUCCAGAAUCUUGAUUUCUACUGACUUGUUGGCCAGAGGUAUCGAUGUUCAACAAGUUUCCUUGGUUAUCAACUACGACUUGCCAACCAACAAGGAGAACUAUAUUCACAGAAUUGGUAGAGGUGGUCGUUUCGGUCGUAAGGGUAUCGCUAUCAACUUUGUCACUAACAAGGACGUUGGUGCCAUGAGAGAAUUAGAAAGAUUCUACUCCACUCAAAUCGAAGAAUUGCCAGCUAACAUCAGCGAGCUAUUCGACUAG